UCAAAACCCAGAUCGCAAAAUCCGAUUUUUCAGCUCUAAAUCAUGAGAAAACUGUGUCCUAAUUACAACCUGGAAGAUGGGUUGGAGACAGUUCUCGAAGUUCCGAUGCCAGAAGAGCUAUUUGUGUCAACCAAGACAAAGCCAUGGAACAACAUGAAGUCCUACUGGUCGAGACCCGGCGCCGCCUCAGCCGCCGGAAACAUGACGCGGCUCAUCGGGGGCCGGAACGCCGAGAUUCAGCUCCUCCUCGGCGUGGUCGGAGCUCCGUUGAUCCCUCUCCCCGUCCAACCUCACAACCAUCACGAUUAUGAUGAACAACCCAUCCACAAACACAUCAACGACCAACCCAUUGAGAUGUCAAUGGCGCGAUACAUAGUGAUGCAGUACAUAGCGUCGGUGGGAGGGGAGAGGGGAUUGGGAAGAGUGGAGAGCAUGUACGCGAUGGGGAAGGUGAGGAUGGUGGCAUCGGAGUUCUGCACAGGGGAAGGGAGCUUGAACAGCAAGAUGGUGAAGGCGCGUAGCCUCAAGAGCGGGGGCGGAGAGGUCGGAGGGUUCGUGCUGUGGCAGAAGGGCAUCGAGCUAUGGUGCCUGGAGCUCGUCGUCUCCAACUGCAAGAUCAGUGCCGGGAGCGACGGGAAAGUGGCCUGGAGACAAACCCCUUGGCACCCUUCUCACGCCUCUCGCGGCCCCCCUCGCCCUCUUCGUCGAUUUCUUCAGGGUCUUGAUCCAAAAUCAACAGCGGAUCUGUUCGGAAGAUCCGUAUGCAUGGGAGAGAAGAAGAUAAACGAGGAAGACUGUUUCAUACUGAAGCUGGAAGCGGAGCCGUCGACGCUGAAGGCAAGAAGCAGCAGCAACGUCGAGAUUAUCCGACACACGGUCUGGGGAUGUUUCAGCCAACGGACGGGUCUCCUGGUUCAGCUCGAAGACUCCCAUCUCCUCCGGAUCAAAGCCUCUGACGGAGACAGCAUCUUCUGGGAGACGACGAUGGAGUCUCUCAUCCAAGAUUACAGGACCGUGGACGGCGUUCAGAUCGCCCACGCCGGCAGGACCUCGGUCUCCCUCUUCAGGUUCGGAGAAAACUCCGACAACCAUUCUCGGACGCGGAUGGAGGAGUCGUGGGAGAUCGAGGAGAUUGACUUCAACAUCAAGGGCUUGUCCAUGGACUGUUUCUUGCCGCCUUCCGAUCUCAAGAAGGACGAGGAAUCCGACUCGGGUUUGGCGGCUGACAACGAGAGGCUGCCCAUGCAGAUCCGAAGUGCUUCUCUGAGGAUCAGUUCCACAAAGAUUCUGUCCAUCGUGGAGGAAGAUGACGACGACGGCGAAUCUGAGGACGCUGAAGAAAUGCAAUGAGAAAGAACUCAGAUUCUUGAUUUCUUGUGUACAUAAGUUUAAUUCUUGUUGCAGAGAUUGAAAGUGCAGCAGCCACUUUAUAGAAUCUUUUUUUUUAUAAGGUAUGAGAGAAUCUUUUUUGUUUCUCUGUGUUAUCUGUAAAUCGAUGAACUUCUUCUUCAGGUUUUAAUAUUUUGGUUUUUAUUUUA